GGUAACGCACUGUCUUUCGAACAAUCUCUAAACUUCAAAUCUAUUUCGAUUCUUAUAAUUUGUCUUUCAGCUCCAAAAUCUGAUUUUCUACGGAUAUUUCACGUAUACUUGCACCUCUUUAUCAGAACCCCCAGGCCUGCCCCACUAACAUGUCUAUCCCAUCCAAUCACGGCAGUCCUCUGCUCAUGAGGGGCGGCGGAUAUGCCGAGAGAAAUACCCCGCCACAUCAUGACGAUGGCACGGUGAGCGCAAUAACAAGCUAAGAUAGAGGCGACAAAGGCGUUGGUUUUUGGGUUCGAAUAUUGCUAAUUCAGAGGCACCUGGCAGGCCUGUGUGCCCACUACGAAGCAAUAAAACCGAGUCCACCGACAAGCCCGUUCCACGCCUAACUUGGUCGCCAGGAACCACACAUGGAGACCAAAGGAUCGUAGGAGGGCCAAGCAUAAACGGAGUUCCGUCGGCCAUUAGUUCGAUCAAUCUAGAGAGCUUUAAAUAAAGCACGCGAUGUCCGCUGACUUCUGGGCCGGGUACAUCUCCGGCGCCGUUGGGAUCCUCAUUGGCAACCCGCUGGACCUCAUCAAAGUCCGCCUCCAAUCCUCCCCUCAAACCGCUAUCACUGCCACACACCCCUCAACAUACGCGUCACAAUUCAACAGCACCUCCUCCUUAAUCCGGGGCGCCACCGCUCCAAUUCUCGGAUAUGGCGCUCUCAAUGCGCUGCUGUUCAUGACAUACAACCGCACCACCGCCUUUCUAAACCCCGGCUACAACCCCGAAUCUCCGGGACCAGCCACAAAUCUAUACACCACAUUUAUUGCCGGUGCAGUAGGAGGAUUGGCAUCUUGGGUGGUUAGCUCGCCCACGGAGCUGAUCAAGUGCCGCGCACAGGUAUCGAAUACUCCCAUCUCCUCUUUCGCGCUGGCACGCUCGGUCAUCAGGUCCGAAGGCAUCAAGGGUUUGUAUUAUGGCGGGACAGUGACGGCGCUACGAGACAGCAUUGGAUACGGGUUCUAUUUUUGGUCAUAUGAGCUUGGUAAGAGGAUAUUAGCAGCACAAAUGGGAGAAGAUAGCUCGCAACAAGCUGAGGCGGCAAAAUCACUCCUGUGCGGAGGUAUUGCGGGCGUCGUGACAUGGGCUAGUGUUUUUCCUCUUGAUGUUAUCAAGACGAGGGUGCAGACACAGACGCUUUCUGCCACUGAGAGGUCGCCGCUGCUUGGUGCAGCGAGAGUGGCCGUGGUGAAGCAAGGUCGAAUAGGUGCUAUAGAGAUGGCUAGACGGAUUUAUAGAGAGGAAGGCGCAGCUGUGUUCUUCCGUGGGUUGGGAGUUUGCAGUGUGCGAGCUUUUGUCGUUAAUGCCGCACAAUGGGCGGUUUAUGAGCAGAUCAUGAAGGAGCUGUCACCUACUCAAACAUUUAAGGGCUCGCAGGAAGAUGUAUAUACCAUAUAGAAUAUAUAAAUGAG